AUCUCCACAACAAGAAUUUUAAAAAGAAAAAUCUGAUUAUAAUUUCCUCAAAGGACCCCUUCAUAUUUUCCUUCUCCAUUCAAAACCCAAAAAAAAUUCAGUGAAAUUUAUUUUGUUUAUGCCCAUGUUUGUUGUUAAUUUGUUCUUGAUAAUUUUGUUGAUUAUAUGCCUAUUAUUUGUUGUUCGAUUAUUAUUGCAUCGAACUGCUUUAAUUUAUGUUUUGAGAAUGUGGGUUGAACGGAUUGAUGAUCAAAUUCAUGUUCAUCAGCAAUUUAGGGUCCCUGAGUUGAAUGAAAACGGCCAAGAAAAUCAGCUAUACCGGAAAGUUCAGCUAUAUGUAAAUUCAUUGGCUUCGGUUGAAGAUUCUGAUUAUACGAACUUAUUCUCCGGCGAGGAGUCGAACGACAUCGUUUUGGCACUUGGGGAUGAUCAGAUAAUCCGGGACACUUUUCUCGGAGCACGAGUUAUGUGGGUAAAAAUUGAUCGAAGUUUUGUGUUGAAGAUUAAGAAAAAGGAUAGGAGGAGAAUUUUGAAGCCUUAUCUUCAACAUAUUCAUACAAUUUCUAACGAUAUUGAACAGAGAGGGAAGAAAUUGAAGCUGUAUAUAAACAAUAAAGGAAAAUGGAGAUCUGUUCAAUUCAAUCAUCCUUCAAAUUUCGACACGGUUGUUGUUCACCUGGAUUUGAAAAACAAGAUUAAAUCCGAUUUGGAAAAUUUUGUGAAGUCGAAGCAGUAUUAUCACAAGCUUGGCCGUGUCUGGCGGCGGAGCUAUCUCCUCUACGGCCCCUCCGGCACCGGAAAAUCCAGUUUCAUUGCAGCCAUAGCGAAUUUUCUCUCGUAUGAUGUUUAUAACUUCGAUUUCUCACAAAUUGAAGAUGGUGAUAAUCUUAAUUUGCUACUAUUGCAAACGAAGGGUAAAUCUUUGAUUGUUGUCGAAGAUUUGGAUUGUUACAUUUCGGAGAAAUCGAAAACUGGGAUUUCUUCAUCUGGGCUGUUGAAUUUCAUGGAUGGGAUUUUGUGUUCGAGUUGUUGUGAUGAGAAGAUUGUGAUUUUUACGAUGAACAGUAAAGAAGGGAUUGAUUUUGAUUUGUUGAGGCCUGGGAGGAUUGAUGUCCAUAUUUAUUUUCCUCUUUGUGAUUUCAAUUCAUUCAAGGGAUUGGCCAGCAAUUAUUUAGGGGUUAAGGAGCAUAAAUUGUUUCAACAAGUGGAGGAGAUUUUCCAGGGCGGCGCCACCAUGAGCCCGGCGGAGAUCGGGGAGUUAAUGCUGGUGAAUCGGAGCUCUCCCACCCGGGCUUUGAAGUCAGUAAUCACGGCGUUGCAAGCUAAUGGUGGCGGGGGAAAGGUGGCAAUGCGGUUGAGGGAUAGUGCAGAGUCAUCUCCAGCGCCUUCGUCCGCGACAGAGGAUGGUGGCGGCGCCCCCUGGAAGGGCACCGUGCCUAAGGAGUUUCGGAAGCUAUAUGGACUGCUGCGGUUGAAGAGCUGCAAUAGACCAGAGUCGUUAGAUCAUGAUUCCGACAUGAUUGAACGGUGAUGAUAUCACAUGGUUUUUCAUAUUUCUUUAUAUUAUUUCGAGCCUAUAAUAAUCUGUAAUAUUAUCAGAUUUCAUUUCUAGUGAUUUUCUUUUUCCAUAUAUUUCGAAAAAAUAUAUUGCAAACGUAACUAGGGAUGCACACAUUUUGGUUCAACUAGAGUUCGUAAAAAAACAGUACUAAACCGGGAACCAAUGUGAUUUUUGUAAUUAUUGAAACAUUCAAAUCCCGUAUUGUUCCAUAA